AUGUGGCAUCGAGCCUUCUCUACUUCUUUAAGUCGAAGUGUUCUCAAGAAACCACAGUUCGAUGUUAAAUCAAUCUUAGCUAACAUUGAAGGUUAUGAAAGAUCCAUCAGGGCAAGACAACUCCACUCGACCGAUACUUUACUCAGUCAACUAUCAAUUCUACCAGGAAAAUAUGAUGAAAUGAGACAUUUAAAUGAUGAAAUAGCAAAGGUUCAAAUUGAAAGGAAAAAGAUUGAAUCAUUAAUCAAACAGGAUAGAUCACAAAUGGUUAGUAAGAAAGCAGAUUUGAAACAAUUGAAAGAACAGUCUCAAAAGUUAACAAACUCUUUAACACUUCUCAAAUCAUCCAUAACAGAAACAUGCUCCCUGUUACCUAACCUCACUGCAAAUGACGUUCCGUUAACAGAACCUGAAAUAGUUCAUUGGAUAAACCCUCGGACUAGUUAUGAUGCAGACCCAACAUUAUCACACGUUGAAAUCAUGACUAAAAAAAAUAUGCUUGAUUUAAGAAGAGCAGCAACGGUGUCAGGAACAUCAUGGUACUAUCUUUUAAAUGAAGGUGCGGAGUUAGAAAUGGCCUUGGUUAGAUACGCUAUUGAUAAAGUUAAGGGAUCCGGGUUUCAAGUGGCAAUCCCUCCCAGUAUAACUAGAUUGGAUAUAAUUGAUUCUUGUGGAUUUAGACCCAGAGAUAUGAAUGACGAGAGGCAAAUUUAUAAGUUGGAUGGUGAAGAAAGAGGAUUGGUAGCAACCGCAGAAAUUUCACUGGCUGGACUAGGCUAUGAUGAAGAGUUAAAUUUAAAUGAGUAUGAGGGAGGAAUUAAAAAAAUGGUCGGCUGUAAUAGAAGUUAUAGGGCAGAAGCAGGAGCAAGAGGAAAGGAUACAAAGGGUCUAUAUCGUGUCCAUGAAUUCACAAAAGUGGAGAUGUUUUGUUGGUGCAAACCUGCAGACAGUGCCGCUGUAUUGGAAGAAUUAAGAGACUUGCAAAUAGAUAUCGUGUCGUCGUUAGGACUUUCUGCCAAAGUCAUGAACAUGCCUGCCAAUGAUCUAGGGAACCCUGCUUUAAAGAAGUAUGAUAUUGAGGCUUGGAUGCCUGGGAGGGGCUCAUUUGGUGAGAUUAGCAGUACAUCCAAUUGUACUGACUUUCAAAGUAGAAGAUUAAACACAAGGUAUAGGAAUACAGACGGAAAGCUAGAAUUUGUACAUACUUUAAAUGGUACUGCCAUGGCGGUUCCCAGAAUUAUUUUGGCGCUAGUGGAAAACUUCUAUGACAAAACAACUCAUCAAAUACAUCUACCACAAGCAUUAUGGUCAUAUAUGGGGGGCAAGAAACAUAUUUAA